CGCGCAUUCGUUAGUUCAACGAGGAUAGUUCGGAAAGUGAAAUUAUGAAGCCCGUCGUCGUUUAUUUGGCCUGCGCGUGGCUGCUCGCUGCGAUCGCAACGAGCCAGGCUGGUUUGCCACCGCCGCCCUCCCGACAGGACGACGUGCUCGUGCUCAUCGACAAGCCCAACGUCGCCGCUCAGCAUGUUCCCUCGGACAGCACCAUAAUUAACGUGAAAAAGAAGAUCCGCGACAAUGUGUACAACUUUUACGAGGACGGCUUCGGCCUCCGAGAGACCCCGCUGCUGUCUAGCUACUGCAGCGAGGCCAGUUGCACCAACUCCUGCAUCCAGCGCAAUUUCGGCUCGAGCUUUGGUUUCUGCAGAAACUCGCUGUGCCAGUGUCUGGUGCCUGCCUACGCGGUCAGGUCCUAAGCUGUGUGUUUUCUGCGACCUUCAAAAAUAAAUGAGCUGCUGAUGCUACAUGGAAUAGUAAAAAUACACUCGACCGCAUCGAGCGAUAAACUGUCGCCAAUCGAUACGGCUCCAGCAUAA